UUUGAUCUCUUCAGGUCAGCUGAGAUUUUUCUUUAUAAAGCUAUCGUUCGCCCACGUCUGGCUUUCAAUCUUCUUCCUAAACAAAAUAUUUCGAAAACUUAGGAAUUUUGCAUCAAUCAUAACACCAUUUUUAAAUUUUUCAAUUCAAGGAUACCAUUACCGAAUUCAUCAUGGAGCGAAAUACUAUAUAUUUCAUUACAGGGGCUAAUACAGGUAUAUUUUCAUUUUGAGAAACAGGAACCCCUAUUUUUGUGCAGGCUGAUUUUCGCUUAUCAAUUCCCACCUUUAUCGUUCACUUUUGCUCGUGUUUCUAAACAAUUUAUGGAACUACACACAAUGAAUACCCAAAGCUAAUGAAGUAAAAUAGGGAUCGGACUCCAGAUAACCCGCAAUCUUCUCCUCCGCGAAAAUACUACAGUUAUAGCUACCAAACGCAGUUUAUCUACUCCACCACACGACCUUGAAAAUCUUCCUGCAUCGAAGGGGUCAAAGUUACUUGUUAUUCCGCUUGAGUUUAUUGCUUCCGGGAGUCAGAAAAGCGGAGUAUCUGGAAGUAACGAAGAAACUAAAGAGAAUAAGAAAAAUUCACUUGAAGAUUUAGUUCCAAGAUUGGAAAAUCGGGGAGUAAACAGAAUCGACGUAUUAAUAUUCAACGCUGGAGUUGCGUCGAGUUUCGAAAGUGCAAAGGACUCGAGAAUGCAGGAGUUAAUGAUACAUUUUGAAAUUAAUGCCAUGGCGCCAAUUCAGACAUAUCAAACCUUGCGAUCGCUUUUCCUUACUCCUUUUCCUUCUGGGGGUGAGGGAGAAGCCGAGGAAAGAGUCAAGGAGAAAAAACUCAUCUACUUGUCUAGCAAUCUCGGUUCAAUCGGAGGAAUGGCUACAGCGGUACCUAGUUUGGCUUAUGGGAUGAGUAAAGCGGCUGCGAAUUAUUUUGUGAGAAAGUGCCAUUUUGAGGAGGGGGAGGGCGUGGUGGCGUUCGCUUUGCAUCCCGGGUUUGUUGCUUUUUCUUUUACGUCUGGGGGAUGUUUGAUGUAGCAGGUGGCGGUCACGUGGAGGAACGGAGGAAGGAGCUGGAAAUUAAUAAAUGCUAACUGGUGUUUUCGUGAUAGAUGGGUUAAAACAAAGAUGGGACAGGCGUUUGCGGAUAGCGUCGGUGUGAACGAGCCACCUUUGACUGUGGAAGAGAGUGCGGAUGGUGUGAUUACACAGGUAUGUUUUACUUUUGAAAUGCUGGCGGCUUAUAAUGGCAUACUAAAAUUUUGUUGCAUAUUGGCUAAUAUUAUCUUUGUACAGAUUGAUACAGCGACUAGGGAGACUAAGUCGGGAGGCUUUUUCUCGUACAAUGGAGAUUCUCUUCUUUGGUAAAUGAUUGGCUGGCAUUUUUGGAUGAGGAAUUGUCGAGGAUGCCCUGUUUUUUGUAAAGUUGAUGGAUGGACGUUUUUUUUUUUUGGUUUUAUAUU